AAUCCUCACAACUAAAUCUACUUAACAAAAACAGAGUCCUGUCUCUGACUUGCCAAAAACAGAGCCUUUUGCCUUAAUACACAUCUCGCUCUCUUUACGGAUCUGAAAUGGCGGUUCCUGUGAUUGAUUUCUCCAAGAUCAAUGGUGAUGAAAGGGAGAAGACACUCUCUGAAAUCGCUAGAGCUUGCGAAGAGUGGGGAUUCUUUCAGCUGGUGAACCAUGGGAUUCCCUUGGAGCUUCUUGACAAGGUGAAGACGCUAAGCUCAGAGUGCUACAAAACAGAGAGAGAAGAAGCAUUCAAGACCUCAACACCCGUGAAGCUGCUAAACGAAUUGCUUCAGAAAAACUCCACGGAGAAACUCGAGAACGUUGACUGGGAAGAUAACUUCACUCUCUUAGGCCAUAACCAAAACGAAUGGUCAUGCAACACUUCUAACUUCAAAGAGACGAUGGUAGAAUACAGAGGAGAAGUGAGGAAGCUAGCGAGCAAGAUGAUGGAAAUGAUGGAUGAGAACUUGGGUUUGCCUAAAGGUUACAUAAAGAAAGCUUUUAACGAAGGGAUGGAAGAUGGAGAAGAGACGGCUUUUUUUGGAACCAAAGUCAGCCAUUACCCACCUUGUCCUCAUCCAGAGCUUGUCAAUGGCCUUCGAGCUCAUACUGAUGCAGGAGGUGUCGUUUUGUUGUUCCAAGACGAUGAGUACGAUGGUCUUCAAGUGUUGAAAGAUGGAGAGUGGAUCGAUGUUCAGCCGUUGCCUAAUGCUAUUGUUAUCAACACUGGUGAUCAGAUUGAAGUUCUUAGCAACGGAAGGUACAAGAGUGCAUGGCACAGGGUGUUGGCCAGGGAAAACGGAAACCGGAGGUCCAUAGCUUCCUUCUACAACCCGUCGUACAAGGCAGCCAUUGGUCCACCAGAGAUGAAGACAUCGGCUGAGGAAAAAAGUGAAAAGAAGUAUCCAAAGUAUGUGUUUGGAGAUUAUAUGGAUGUCUAUGCAAACCAGAAGUUCAUGCCUAAAGAACCUCGUUUUCUAGCUGUAAAGACUCUCUAAAAUGUUACUAUCACUGUUUUUCGCUUACCUUCAUGUUGUAUUAUUUUCUCAUGUUAUAAAUGCCAAGUUUAAUAAUUGAUAAUUUGGCAUCUGCUUUUCUGGUUUUCAUUUUUUCUUCUCUUUUUUUUAUUGUAAUUUUGAAUCUUUGUUGUUACUUGUGAUCCAGUUUUUGAAUAUAAAUGUAUGUGCGCUUUUCCUUGUC